UGACUGGCGUCGUCAUGUCUCAGACCAAUACUUCACUCCUGGACGAGGUGGUGCAGUGGAGUCAGGAAACAUGCCGCCUGGAGCUCAAGUCUGUCUUGCCCAAACUUACUAUAUCCUUAUGUAUUAUCUCAUAAUUAAUCACAGCAUACUGCACAUCUACUACUGCAUAUCUCUUCUAAUGGUUGCUUGCACCAUGGAGAUGACGUCAAGGCUGUAUUUCAAACGGCUAUUCGAGGCUGUUUCGUUUCCUUUUUUGGAAAACAUGUUUUGUCUUUUUACCUCACCAAAUGACUAAUAUAGUUAAAGUCAUACUGUCGGAAAUUAAAACAGAAUCAGUAUUUUUAUGCCGAUGAACAUAGCUAUAUGACAGGGGAGCUCUGCUGUUUUUAAGGACCUACUGUGGAAAGUCAAAGGUCCUCAAUGUGACAGAAGUAAUAUAUUAUUAUUAAGAAGGUAUUGCAAAAACACUAGUUGAAGGUCAUCAGGAGCACGCUGCUGUUAUUAAGGACCUACUGCAAAAAAUGUUAGUGAAAGAUCUGUAUAAGACAGGGGCGCUCUGCUGCUUUUCAGAGUGUAUUACAAAAACUAGUCCAAGAUUCUCUAUAUGAUGGUGCGCUGGUGAUUUUAGGAAUCUGCUGCAAAAAAUCUGAGGGUGGGGACGAUCAUAUACGUGUACUGAAGAUAAUAACAGACAUGUUCCUCCCUCAUAUUGCUCUAUCAGACUUGGAAAAUGAAUGCUUCUCCAAGAUCUUACCAAAGGCAGUGACAAUGUUUGACAAUAUGAGGAAAGAAAUUUUAAUCCAAGUUGGAGGAUUGUCAAGUCAAAACACAGAGCUGUGUUCCUUACUGAGGAACGUUCUGAAGUCAAUGAUGCAGAUCAUUGACGCAUUGUCAGCAUGCGUGCGUCAUGUUGGCACAUAUGACAAAGUUCCAGACCUUGUGGCCAUCCGGACCUUACCAACCUGCAUUCUGAAGGUGUUACGAGACACUUUCCAGCACUGUAAGGAGAGUGAAGUGGUGUACAGUGGGCGCCUAUCCUUGGUGGCUGACCUGCUACAGGGACUCUUCAAGGAGGCCUACGCACUCCAGAAGGGUCUGUUGGAGCUGCUGGACAGGAUCUCCCUUGAUAGCAGUGCCUCAGAGGAGGACGUCUGUGACGUUGUCACAGUAAUCCACAGCCUCUUGGAUAUUUGCUCGGUUAUCUCUACCCUGGACAUGGCGCUGCAUGCAAAUACCUGGAAAUUCCUCAUCAAACAGAGUCUAAAGUAUCAGACGCUGGUGGAGGAACAUCUGCAUCAUGGUGACAUCAGUGCCAGCCUGUGUGAAAACCUAUUGGCUUCUUUUGUCAACGCUGUGGAUCUCGCUGAGCAGAUAAAACACGCUGGUUUGCAGGAGGAUAGACAGAGCGCAGAGCACAAGCUGUUCCAGAAAACAGCAAAAAUGUGCAGAUUUUUUGCCAACACAUUAGUUCAUUACAUAAAGGAAUUCAAGGCUUUCUUAACAAAGUCUUGCAGGCACUUUCAUCAAAUGUACCUCCAGAUUAUCUGUAAGUUCCCUCCCAGCUUGUGUGCACCAGCGUUGCCCCCUGCUCUUUCCGAGGAGCUGAAUGCGGCAGCUCUGGUACCCAUGGAUGCCCUUCUUUUCCAGCUUCUACCUCUCAGAUCUUUUGCUGAAGUGGUCCUCCAGGAGGACCUGCACAUACCAAAGGAGCAUGAGCUUCCUCAUUGCCUUUUGCUAACUAACGUCCUGAGUCAGUUGCCCUCCCAGCCAGAGGAGGGGGUGCUGCAGCUUUGGCACGCUGGCAGUCAGUUUUCAGAGGAGACUCCCAGGCGUCCUCUCUACCAGGCUGUGUUCACCGCUUUCCAGCGUUGUUAUGUUGAACGGAAGGUUCCGGUAUUGUUGCCGGGAGUGAUGAUGAAAGGUCAGGCCCAGGAUCAGGUGUCCCUCUACCAUCACGUCUGUGUGCGCCUCUGUACCAGCGUCGCUGUGCUUCCUACACAAUACUUCCCUGUUCUGGAACGGUGUUUAGUGGAGGCCAUGCUGCAGACUGACAGUCAGACAGUUCUGUUGGCCGCAGAUGUGUGGUGCUUCACUGCACGGUAUGGCACAGCAGAGCUUUGUCUACAUCAUGUCCUCCUUAUUGCUCAUUUGGUGAAAACUUGUGCAUCCGAGUGCUACCAGUCAUCCCACCUGGGCCUGCUGUUUAGACGCCUGCUUUUCCUCAUGACACCCAACCACCAGAUGGAGUUGCUGGAGCGCUUCCCUCCAUCCAAAUCAGAAAAUCUCCCAAUAUGGCGUCACAUUCUCCUCAGAGCUCUAUCAAAUGAUGCCCGUCAGCGUGUGGAGUUGGACGUCAUUGUUUUAACUCAAAAAGCUUUAACUGACUGGCAGAGUGGGGGCCACAAACUGAGCGAAGCAAGCAAAGUGAAUGCUGUGCUACAGUGCCUCCUUGUGGUGGUUCGAGGAAAGUCCCCUCUCGAGGAACAGUGUGUAUCUUCUGCGUCGAGGAUAGUCACUGAGCUGUGGUCCAGGAUGACGCCACAUCAGGUGCAGAGCCAUCAUGUGCUGCAGUGUACUCUGCAGCUCCUCUUGUCAAUGACAGCAGUCUUGGUGAAAAACAUUGAACUUGAAGUCAUCGUUCGGGCUCUGGCGUGUGUGGAUGCUGUUGUGUCCCAGAAGUGUGCAGACCAGCUUCUCUUGGCUGCUCUGGAGUUCCUUUCGUCACUAGGGAAGGUGUUUAUCCCUCCAGACAGCCAGAGUGAAAUUCUGCCGAGGUUGAGCAGUCUGUUUGGCUCGUUGCUAUCAGAAAAUUCUUGGCUGCUAAAUCAACAUGCUUUGGAGGCUUUUGCUCAAUUUGCAGAGAUAACAAACCAUGAAGAGGUCAUUUCCCAGAGUUUGUGUGUACAGGAAACCAAAACCAAGGUGGUGAACUAUCUCAGCAAGACUCUGAAUGCUCAGGAAGGGGUGGAGUCACGGCUAGAAAGAAUCAAGGCAGAGCAGUCAGUUAUAGAGAAACACAACAAGAGUCUAGAGACCGGAACUGAUGUUUCCAUGAAACAUUCUGCUGAAUCUGUGGUCCAUUCAGAGCCUCAGCCUAAACGAGCUCGGCAGGAGAGCAUUGCAGAUGAGUACAGCUGCUACAUCCAGGCUGCUGCAAGUGCACUGAAAGCCCUCCAUGCACUCGCUCAAGACAAGUCAGAAACUAAAGCACUGCCUCCUCCUUCGUGGUUGGCAUCCAGCCUACAAGAACUGCAGGUGCUGUUAAGUGACGUAAGCUCAGCUACAUCCAAAAACUAAUUCUACUGUUUGUAAGGGGGGGAAUUAAUCAGUCUGAGCCUGUGUUCACUAAAAGUAACUAUUUGUCUUGAGUUUUUUUAAUGUAUCAGCUUUGAUUAAAUGUAUUCGACAAGAAAACUAGUGGCUUGUUUUCAAUUAUUCUCAUUUCCUACUAUUUUCCUCAGUUUUAUUAGAAACACAUUUACAUUGAGUGUUUACAACAGUACCUCAGAUCUUAAUAGAUAAGCCA